AUGUCAACCACAACAUCCAGAAAACGCAGACGCACAUAUACACAAGCUCAAGAACCCACCAAACACACCCUCUUCACACAAUGGAGUCUCGACCGCGGCGUGCAGAUCCACAACGUCCAGCCCGCCAUCUUCCCCGGCCGCGGCGUAGGCCUCAUAACAACGACCAAAAUCAAAAAAGACUCUCGAAUCCUCUUCGUGCCCGAAAAAGCCAUGUUCAAACCGGACGCGACGGUCUUCGGAAAGUCCCAAUCGAAGACGUGGACGCAGAAAGCCUCGCCACAGGUCCAGCUCGCGAUGAGCAUCAUGCGGGAAUGUCGAAAGCCGGAAUCGCAAUACCAUAAAUGGAAAGCGACGUGGCCGACGGCUGAGGAACUCCUCCCUACGCUCCCGCUGUUCUGGUCUAAGACGUUACAAUCUCACCUCCCGCCUUCUCUGCAUCAACCCCUCGAACGACAACGAUCAGACUACGAGAAAGACCUCGCCACCGCACGCUCGUUCGCGAGAGAAGCGGGGUUGGAGUGGGAAGACGACGAUUUCAAGUAUUACUGGAGUAUUGUCAAUUCGCGGAGUUUCCACUUCAAACCGCCCGGGGCCAGGCCAGGGUUUAUGGUGUUGUGUCCGUUUGUUGAUUAUAUGAACCAUGGGCCUAGUGGGACGGGGGUGUUGGUGAGGCAGACGCCGAGGGGGUAUGAGGUUGAUGCUGAUAGGGAUUAUGGUAUGUGUUGA